CCUGCUCCCUUCCGCUUCCGGUGUCACCCUAGGAUCAUGGCUGCCGCCGCCGCCGCUGCCGGAACCGGGGCACCUCCGUCUCCGGACGAAUUGGUUCCGAAAGGUGAUGCCGAGAAGACUGAAGAGGAGCUGGAAGAAGAAGACGAUGACGAGCUGGAUGAGACACUGUCGGAAAGACUCUGGGGUCUGACGGAGAUGUUCCCGGAGAGGGUCCGAUCCGCGGCUGGAGCCACUUUCGAUCUCUCCCUCUUUGUGGCUCAAAAAAUGUACAGAUUUUCCAGGGCAGCCUUGUGGAUUGGGACGACUUCUUUCAUGAUCCUGGUUCUUCCUGUUGUCUUUGAGACUGAGAAAUUGCAAAUGGAGCAGCAGCAACAGCUGCAGCAGCGCCAGAUACUCUUAGGACCUAACACAGGGCUGUCAGGAGGAAUGCCAGGGGCUCUGCCUUCACUUCCUGGAAAGAUCUAGUUACUACUGUAUUUGACCUGUCUUGAUGGGAGAAGUUGGAAAAGUAUUUGAACUGCUGAUUAUUUUUUAACUUUGGCACAUUGAUUUAUGUAAGUAUGGUGGGAGAAUUCUCCCACAUUGUGCCAUGGAGAGACUCCCAACUUGUAAUGUGUCCUCCAUGCUGUGCUCCUCAAUUGUUUCUUCUGUCCUCACUGAUAGCAGAGUGCAGGAAUGCAGACGAUUACUUCAGCCCAGCCCUCCACAUUUUGCUAAAUGACUCCUGACUGGAAGAUUUCACUAUCUCAUAGUGGGGUGUGAACUGAUACCAUUUGGAAGGAUGAACCUCUGACCACUGACUGUUUUGUUUUUAAGAAUGGAGCUGUUGGGGGAAGGUGGCAUGCAUCUACACAGUAUGAAAUAUAAAAUGCAUUACAGCUGCACUGUCAAGCAGUGACUGAAUUUCUCUGUAAGUUGGAACAGAACGAACCAGCAGCAGCUUCAACCACAAGAUGGGAACUGUGGGGGAAGAGCAGGAGCUCAUUUCCUCUGCACAGUUAGGCUAUUAGACAUGUGUUAUGUGUCUAAAGAAAAAAAAGUUAGUGCUUUUUGUAUUUAAAUAUUAAAAACAAUUCAAACAAA